UUGUGUUGUAGUACGAAAUGGAGCCCAGAGGAAUCCUCACACAGAUCUUCUUUUUGCUCAUUCUUACAACUGGGCAAAAUGAAGGAAAGCGUGAAAACAAGUUUUAUUCAGAGCAGCAUGCAUUGAAAAUGGACCAGGCAAUUAUUACGAUCCAUAACCUGCUACCGACUGGCGUCGAUGUCUUCUACAUCUCUGAGUACUGUUACAAGUGUCUGUACCAGCCCCUAGUCAGUGUUCGCAAUGGCCCCCAGAAUGCAACAGUCGUGGUCAGCACUGUCCACACUCUAACACUGCAGUUACGACCAAUGGGCAAAAACAGAACUCUCUGCAGAUGGAGUCAGUUGUAUGAAGAAGCUGGUUAUUACUCUGUCUGGGUCCGAGAGUCAGAACCUCCCAUCUAUGCCACCUGCUACCAUUCUGUCGAUGUGAAUCCAAGUAACACCUAUAUGCGGUUGGUUGGGCUCUACUUCCCCCAGGGCGAGUACAUAGAGACCGUGUAUGUCGGGCAGUCUGCAGGGACACCUGUACUUCAGGUCCAUGCCAUGGUGGAGAGUGACUCUGAGCGGCCCCACUUCUACCUGUGCUGUAUCAAAUUGUGUAAGCAUAUGCCGCCAUAUGCUUCAUGGUUUCACAUGAACGAGAGCUCAGGAAUACUCUCUAUGAAGAAGACCCUGGAGUGGAGUGACUUUGACAAUGCAGGUGGUUAUUGGAAGCUAUCUCUGCACGUCAUGGCGACAAAUGGACCUGUAAAGAACAUCUUCUGCCAGAAUAACCCCUUUGUACAUGUCAGCCUCACGUUCCUCAACACAACAGCAUCACCGUGUGGGGAAACCAAGGAAGAGCUUGAGAAACUCUGCUUCCCUGAAAAGAAAAUGAACAAGGAUACUUCACGGAUUAACUCCCACAUUAAGGAGAAUCGGUUCCCCGGGGCACUUCGGCAGCUCAGGCAACUCACCAGUCUAAACAUCUGCCCCAAUUACACCAUCUCCUACAGUGUGGAGUCAGACGUUCCAGCUCCAUUUGCCGUUAAUGACAGCACCACCGAAUUGGUAGUAACUGCUCCAUUGGACCGCGAGGAAAGAGAGAUGUACAGUCUCAUGCUGGAAUGUAGAGUGCAGACUGCCACAAUAAUCAACAAGUUGUACUUUACCUUACACAUCAACGUCUACGACGAAGACGACAAUGCACCAUAUGUCAACGGAACAGACACCGAUGAUGUGGUGCUGGAGUUUGAUCGGGUGCAGGGAAGUUCAUUUGGCAACUUGUUGGUGUACGACAGAGACACAACAUCUUAUGUUCGCCCGGAGCAGGGCACAAAUAGAUUUGUUGGAAAUAUGAUGACCAACAACUCGUGGAUAAGUGAAUCUUUCACCGUACAAUUCUCUUUCAAAGAAGAGAAGGCUAUUUUUGGCAAUGUCAGAGGCACUGUUUUUGAGUUCAGGCUUGUACUGAAGAAAAAUUUGUCUGUAACUGAAAAUAGAACCUUCCAGCUGGAUUUCCUGUUCAAUGAUACUGCAUACCCGGGCCCAAAAGGAACCGUGUUGCUGCACUACAAUAUUACCAUUUUACCAGUUCCUAUCCGCUUCACCAAUGUGACAUACCUCUUCACCUUAACACGUAAAGCCAACGCCUACGCCCAGGUCGGUAGCAUAUGUGUGGACAACUGCCUGAAGUUUCGGGGCAUUAGUGUAAUGUACCGGCUAGCAGUAGCAGACAACAACGUGUCUGCCGAUAUAAAGUCAUGUUACAAUGCGAUUAGCAUCAUACAGAGCCACAGCUACAUGGCUGGGCUGCUGUUUGUGAACGACACCAAGGCACUCCGCAGGCCGGAAUGCCAGGACCUGCAGUACGUGGUCAUUGCUGAAGAGCAGCAGAGUCACCUGCAGGCCAGCACUCAGAUCCUUAUUGUGCUCAACAGCAAUAUUGAUAAGCAGGACCUUGAGGAUCAGCAGUUCUCCUGUGCAGUGGGGAGACAGCGUGGUGACUGUGAGAACCUCAGAGGCCUGGGGGCACCCACGGGGAGGUGCCAGUGGAGACAGGGUUCUGAAAAAGGAAUAUCAGUAGGUUAUUCCACAUGCUCGCCUGAUCUCCGCACGUGUCCUGAUGGUGUUUGUGACUCAGUUGAAGAUAAAAACACGCUGAUAUGUCCUCAGGAUUGCACAAGAAAACCGAUAAUCGGAGGUCACGAGAAGGGCCUAAUGUCUGGAAUUCGAGCUGGCUAUGGAACCUGCUAUUGCUACUCAGAAAAAUGCUUCUGUGAGAAGGAUGACAUAGAGGAGGCCAUGUGUGACGAUGUCUGCAAGACCAUCAUUGCCUCUGCCGUGCUGCUCUCCUUCAUUGUCUCCAUCCUCCUGUCUUCCUUCUUCAUCCAUCGCUACCACAAGAACUCCCCCAAGCCCCCCAUCGCCUCAGCUGAGAUGACCUUCCGACGCCCUGCUCAGUCUUACCCUAUCAGUUACUCUGCUAACAACGUGCGUCGCGGCUCAUUGGACUCUACUGAGAAUCAAGUGGCUAUUGACACCUUCAAAAUACCUGAAGAUCCCAAAUGGGAAUUUCCACGCAAAAACCUGGUGCUGGGAAAAACCUUAGGAGAGGGGGAGUUUGGGAAGGUUGUCAAGGCAACUGCAUUCCGGUUGAAAGGGAAAGCUGGCUACACCACUGUAGCUGUGAAAAUGCUUAAAGACCACGCCUCACAUAGUGAACUUCGUGACCUCCUGUCAGAAUUCACCUUGCUGAAGCAAGUCAAUCAUCCACAUGUCAUCAAAAUGUAUGGGGCUUGCAGUCAGGACGGUCCCAUGUACCUGAUUGUAGAAUAUGCCAAAUAUGGGUCACUGCGUAACUUCCUGCGUGAGAGUCGAAAAGUGGGGCCUAGCUACAUGUCUGGCAACGAUGCCAAUCGCAACUCAAGCUACCUGGAGAACCCAGAUGAGAGGGCACUCACCAUGGGAGACCUUAUCUCCUUUGCCUGGCAGAUCUCCAGGGGCAUGCAAUACCUCGCUGAAAUGAAGCUUGUUCACAGGGACCUUGCUGCAAGGAACGUCCUAGUUGCAGAGGGGCGUAAGAUGAAGAUUUCAGACUUUGGUUUAUCUCGGGAUGUGUAUGAGGAAGACUCCUAUGUGAAGAGGAGUAAGGGUCGAAUCCCAGUUAAAUGGAUGGCAAUAGAGUCCUUGUUUGAUCACAUUUACACAACACAAAGUGAUGUCUGGUCCUUUGGUGUUCUAUUGUGGGAGAUUGUGACACUGGGCGGAAACCCAUACCCAGGAAUUGCUCCUGAACGUCUCUUUAACCUCCUAAAAACUGGCUACAGGAUGGAGAAACCAGAGAACUGCACUGAGGAAAUGUAUAACCUGAUGCUCCGAUGCUGGAAACAGGAGUCAGACAAGAGGCCUAUAUUCGCAGAGAUCAGCAAAGAGCUGGAGAAAAUGAUGGUGAAAAACAGGGAUUACCUGGACCUGGCGGCGUCCACGCCAGCCGACGCCCUGCUGUACGACGACGCCCUCUCUGAAGAGGAUACGCCCCUAGUGGACUGUAAUAACACCCCUCUCCCUCGAACCAUUCCCUCCACAUGGAUUGAAAACAAGCUCUAUGGUAGAAUUUCCCAUGCAUUUACUCGAUUCUAGAGACAGGACACACAAGUUGUCUUUUUGACAUGUCAUGUUUGGCUUCCUGUAGACAGUGUGUGGCUUUGAUCUUGGCAUGCUUCCAGAAAAAGUCUCCCAUUUCUUAGAAAAUGAGAGUCAGUGGAAAAAAGAGGAUCUUGUGUGGUAUGAUUGCUAUUUGGACCUGCUUCUGAUGUACAUGAAACCCGACCAAAAUAUUGACACAUCUGUAAAUAUGCAAUAUUUCCAUAAUAACAUUCCCUUGUAUAGAAUACUGUAAUUCACAUUCAUUCCUACAAAUUGAUUUGAUUAUUAGGACACUAGUACUUUUUGAACGUCAUAAAACUUUUUUUAAACAAAUUCCAACACUUCACAUCAACACAUUUAUUAAUUUGGAAAAUGCUGUUCAAAAACAGUUUAACAUUUGAAACAGGUCCUUGCUGAAUCAAUAAUUAUCUAUUUUGUUUGGAUUCCAAUCUGGCAUAAGUUAUCUGGAUUGGAUGUUGGCUACCUAUAACGCAUAUAGAUUUUCUUCUACAAUGCUGAAUAGAGAAACAGUAAGGCUUUUGAAUUAAACUCUUGGCUAACAUUGAUAAAUACUUUCAGAAAAACAUUUUUGCAUUCCAAAUUCCCAAACUAAUCCUACAGAUCCUAAGCACUUCCAGUUGACAGUUCAGAAAGUUAUUUAGCAAUAAGAUGGUUGCCAGUGAAGUAGUUAUCAAGAAAUGGGCAGUGACUCGGUGUCCAUGGUUUCCUGUUACAGUGACCCUAUUAUUUUAUCGGCUAUAAUAGAGACAACAAUGAUUAAUGGUGCAUGAGCCAAGGAUAACAUUAACGAAUCAUGACAUACACAAAAAUGUACCAAUAAUUGUUGUUUGCGUUUUCUUUCACUCCUGUAAUCAAUCCAGUGCAUUUCUUCUGUUGAACUGUGUACAAGGAACUGUGGACAUCGUUAUUGUCUGUGAAGUGGCUUUCUUGUAGAAUUCUAAAUUAAUAGCCUUCUCAUGUUCCAAUGUCAGAGUGAAACAUUGGUCUAUAAUUAACUUCUGAAAAAUGGCUUCUGUAAAAAUUGAGGGGGAAAAAACAGUUUCUUUUUGAGAGCCUUACUGUCUGCACUCUACUUUUUCUUUACUCAGUGCAGAAAAAUGAUAUGUUCUCAUUUUUAGGCAUGUCAUACCCGAACUGGCCUGAGAAGAGCCCGGUACUGCUCAACAGACUUGAUGCCAGUAACCCAGUCUUUACAAGAUAUGCCAAUGAUAGUGUUUAUGCAAACUGGAUGGC